CUUUUUUCCCCUACCUGUAAAAAGUUAAAAACGUGCUUUAACCGCGACGGAAUGUAGAAUGUAGUAAUUACUAGUUCUUUAAUCAUUUUUUUUAAUACUUUAAAAACUCUUAUGAUGAUUAUAACUUGUACACUCCUGCAUGCCAAUUAGCAUUCGUGCUUUUUUUUGUAACGAGGUAAUGUCAAUAUACAGCAGAGAAUGUAUUAGCGAAUUCAGAAAAGUGCGCUCAAAAACUAUCCUUGAAUAUGUAUAUAUGGAGAUAGUGUAACAAGGACAACGCAAAGGCAGGUCAAAACAGGAAAAACCUUUAAGUGAGUAGAGGGCUUGACCCGCCUUGUGCGUUUGUCCAAGUUUUCUGAUCGGUUCGACCGCUCGCUGACACAUCCUGGUCGAGUUAAAAAGAAUGGCAUUGUUGCAAGUCGAUCGCCAUUGUUUUAUAGCUUUUAAAGAACAAUGAAAUGCCAUUGUAUAUUAUAAUGCCCACCAAUGCGUUCCAGAUACUUCGGAAGGACGUGUUCAAGGUUAUUAAUACGCAUAUACGACGAUUUUUAAACUCGCAGGCGCAUGAAGCGAACCUGAUGCAAUACAUCGAUAAGAGAGAUUAAGUUGACUUACUAGAGUAAUCCCAUUAAAAAUAUACUGCUCAUAUAUAUAAAAAUAUAUAAAUAUAUAUAUAUACACACACACACACAUAUAUAUAUAAAGUGAUAACCGCAUUAUGCAAUCGGUCAUGUGUAAAUAAUUAGAAAGUCGCAUUAGUUGCGACGAGGAUAUUGUCAGUGUUCUUGUUAAGUAACAAUAGAACUUUCUUAAAUCAGACACUAAAACAGGAUUAUCCUGUAAAUUGAGACAAUUUUAAGAGAAGAAAAAAGGGUGGAAGAGCGUUUUUCCUUCAUUUUAAUGUCCUAAAUAAACAGGUGUGCCCCAUAGUGACCCUCUUCUCGUCUUGCGUCACUGAUUUGGUAAGUCACGCUCGCGACAACUUUCUUCCUACUACGGAAACUGCAAUAUUGGGUAUAAAAUACCUGAUGUCUGAUGAACCGGAACUUCCUCCCAUGGACUUUAACACCCGAAAUAAUUCAAUUUAAUUUCCUUGAAGAGCCUAAUUAUUCAUAGGGAUGGAGGAAUGAGCUAGCCAACAUCCCAAAGAUUUAUCUUCAAGAUAAUUAUUUUUCGUUCUCCCUACCAAUGCAGAGAAACCGGAUCCUCCCACACAACGUUAUUGUUAAAAUAAUCACAUCAUACUAGUAUCUCCCUUCAAUAUAUAUAUAUAUUUUUUAAAUAUUAUUCUCCUUCCUUAUCUGUUUUGGUUAAAAGUUCACUUUUUUCACAACUUCACUAAGCCAUUACAAUAUUGUUUUGGUCGAUAAACCAAGCCUGUCUGUACAUGCAACGUUGAUUACACUAAAAUCAUAGUCAUUGGAAUACAGAUAAAAAUCUAGCAAAACCACAGCCAAAAACGAUUGUUCUGAAGGGGGUGAGCAGCUUCUUUGUAUACGUCACUCCAUUCAGUUUAUUAUUUUAUUUUUAUGUGCAACCAAAUUAGAAACAGAAGUUCCAUAUUUUUGCAACUUACAAUGCGGCUUUGGGUGGAAGGAAGAUCGAGAAUACACGCCUUCGUUUAUACAAUUUUCUUUUCUUUUUUUUUUAAACGUUUUGUUACGCUCAUGCUUGCGUAACCAGUUACUCCAUCAAAAUUUAAUCAGUUUGCAAUACAAAAAUACACGUUAAAAUUAUUAAUUAUUCGACAGAUUAAAACUUAUCUACUGUUUAUAAAUGCGGUAAUACGAUUCUCAAGUAUGUAAGAAAAUGGACUGUGAGCCCCGGAAGCAGACUUAACAAGCAAAAAUUUUUAAAAAUUACACAAAGCGGAUCGUUUCACAGUUUUCCUCAUUUAAUUAUUCGAAAAUUAAAAAAAAAGUCCGACUGGCAACACUAAAAACUAAGCGAAUUCACCGUUGAAAUUGCCUUAAAUGACUAUCCCGCAGUAACGCGCUACGAUUCGUGUCAUUGGCUAAUUUAAAAACGAUCCAGAUAAAGUGUCAUUCUUUUUACGGAAUAAACCCGGAGAGAAUUUUAAAAUAAAAUUAGUUUUGAAAUUUCGUGAAGACUAGUUAGCAUUGAAGAACCAGUAUACUGUUGGAGCUGUCAGUAUAAACUAUUAAAAAGUAACCUUCGUGUUCUGACCUCCUUUUCUUGGCACGUAUCGAUACUGAAAAAUAUUUAUAAUAUUAAUUAAUAAGUAGUAGUAGUAGUAGUAGUAAUAAUGGACUGUUAAGAUUACACUCGAGUUAAAAAAAUAUAAAAAAUAAAUAAGAAAAAGAGGAGAUCAGGAUUGGCUUAGGAAUGUGGCUGGACGAUGGCGGUCGUUAGCCCGUCAUGUCUGGCCAACGAUUCUUGUUUUGCUGCCAUCCACUCAUAACAGAUAGUGAAGUUGCAUGCUUAGUCGGUUGCGAAGUGCAGACAAACCAGAAGUGAGUAGAAAAAAAAAAUUACUAGGUGAAGAAAAAAUGGAGGUAGUAUCUUAUCCGGAUGAGCAGUUUCUACCACCCACAGUUUUUAGGCAACCACCCGACGGGGAUGAGUUUCCACCAAAUUAUACAGAGCCGGCCAUUAUCGAAAACAGAUUGGAGGAUUCUGGAGUGUUUCUAGAAGAUGCUGUGAAAGUAACGAAUAAUCAGUAUGUAAUCUAUCCAAUGGAUUUACCUGAUGGCAAGCUCAGGAAUUCCCCCGAGGAGAAGUCUCUCGCGGCACUAGAUGAACUUAUACAUGGAAAGAAUCAUCAAGUAGUACAGGAGACGAUGCAGAUUACAAAAGAAAAGGAAGACGACGACAACAACGACGACGACGACGACGACGGAGGAGGGGAGAGUAAAGAAAAAAAGAACGAAGAUGGGCAAAAAGCAGAAGAGAAAUCGAACGAGGUGGACGAAGAAACGAGUAUUAAAGCCGAAGAAAAUGAAACUAGCAACGAAAGUAAUUUAAAAAUGGAAGAAAUAAAUAACAAUGUCGAUUCCGGCAGCAUUCCGAAACCUAAUGACAUUUAUGAAACGAUAAAAAAUGGUCAUCAUAUAUUAAGCGAAACUGACGACAAAAAGCAGAAUCGCAUGCAACCAGAGAUCGGUAAUAGAUGGAAAAGUGAAGAGAAUUUGAGAGUGAACAGGAUAUCUUCUCGUUAUUCUAGAAAUAAUGAAGCGCAGGUUAGUGUAAAGGACAGGAUAGCCAUGUUUUCUCGUUCUGAGAUGUCGUUGAAUCAAACGGCGAAAGCGUCUACUCUUAAAGAAGAAACGGCCAUUAAAGAAUCUCCUAAAAUCGAAGUGAAAGUGUCGAAUUCUCCUAUUGCAGAUUUUAAUUUGAAAGAAUGCAAGUGGCAUAGCACUGGUAAUAUAUCAUCUGGAGGUGGAAACAAGGAAAAGAACGAAAUUAACAACAACAAAGAUAUUACUAGCAGUUUAAUAUCAAUUCCAAAUGAAAUAGCUAUGGAACAAUUUAAGAAACCAGACGUAGUGUCAUCCUAUCCUCAGACGCAAUGGUCUAGAUAUCAAAGGUAUAGUUAUGGUGGUUAUAAUUAUCCGAGAAGAUUAGAGGACUGUUAUAAGAGAUUCAGUAGUGGAUCGCUAUUUUCUCCUCUGGAUAAAAAGCAAUCCAAGUUAAAAGGUUUAGUUAUACCGGAGAAACCCGCUACAUUGCCAACAGUCAAUAAAUCAUUGCCAACGAUUGUCAGCUGUAGUUCAGUAUUACUUAAUAAAUUAGAUGUGCCAAAACCUGUACAGAAUUACUCCAAUUUAAGGACAGAAACUGUUUUAUCUGUGGAUUGUAAAGAGACGGAUGCAUCCGGUGAUAAAAAAUACAAUUUUAGUCAAAUUGUGGAUGUGUCGUGGAAACAGACUAAUGCCAAUUUACCUAAAUAUUCUCCUGCAUUUAAGCGUAAAUCCUUACAGCUGACCAGACCUGCCAGCACUCCUUCGAUUUCGCCAACACCACCUUCUUCGCUGACUUCUCCGCUUUCUCCUUCGCCUCCGUCCAGCAUCUGUAGUAGUAAUUCUAGUUCUCAAAAACAAGAUGUCUUUCAAUUACCUGUAGAACAUGGAGAUAAUAAUAGUCAUGACAAUUUAAGUUCUACUAAUUCCUAUCUGUCUAACAGAUAUCAAGAAGUAAACUCUGGUAAAUAUUUGGCCCAGCCAGUCGCAAUAACCGAAACGAAAACAUUUGAGUCUUCGGAAUUAAAUGGUAAAGACAUCAAAACUAGAACAAGUAAAGUAGAAGAGUGGUCUGUUAUUAGCAGAUGGGCAAGACAGAGUGAACAAGAUGAUGAUUCCACAUCUAGUACCAGUCAGCAGACUGAAGACUCUAGACAUUUAGCAGACGACUCCAUGUCGGAAACCAAUUCCGAUUCGGAAUUCCGUCCCCGUUUCCUUAGCCAUCAAAAAACCGUACUGAGGAUGCCUUCGGAUACCACCGACAGCGUCCGCAACUUCCGUGCCCUGGCAGAGAAGUGGGCUCAGAGAUCCGGUGAUAGCAGUGAUGCUCUCUCGCCAACACCUUUAGUUUCUCCAACUCAUACGCUGAAGAAAGAAAUGGGAAGAAGAGGAAGUCAAGAUAAUGGAACCAAAUUACCUCCUUCGCUGAAGCCACGUAGUUUGGAAACAACAGAUGUGGUAAAAUUACGAGAAGAUAAGCCAAAAUUAACUAGACCUACAUCUCUUGUAGAUAAUCCCAGAUGUACAGGUGGACUGAAAAAAUUGGAAUACGCGGAGUCAUGUGAAUCUCUUACUAGAUUGACUAAUCGCAGUAGAGAUUAUAAGAGUAGACAUACUGGUAUCGAUACCGCUUCUAGGUCUCUCAGUGUUAGCGAUAUUCGCAAAACAUUUGAGAAUGCCACAGUUCAACAGAAUGGAUUUAAGGCUAAUGGAUUCAAAAAAUCAGUCCAGCAACCAGAACACAAGAGAAUGCCAGUUGAUCACAGUCGAAUGUCUUCAAUUGAUUCAACCUGCAGUGAAAGAUCAAAUGUUAGUUUGGAGUCAUCAGAUUUAACAGUAAUUCUGAAAAAGCCCCACACUACCGGUAGCAUAGGCAUUACUUUAGCUGGUGGUAUUGACUGCGAAGUCAGAGAUAUAACAGUCCAUAAAGUCAUUUCGGGAAGUCUGGCUGAUCGCGAUGGACGAUUAAGAAAAGGAGACAGAAUAUUAGAAGUGAAUGGUCAGCAGAUGGAUGGUCUCACACACCGGGAUGCUCAGGCUUUGUUAAAAUCACCCUGCACCGAAAUGGAACUGGUAGUUUCUCGAGCACCGGACGGAAUCUGUCGUGAUAGUAGUCAAAGUCUAGAUGCAACUGUAAUAAAUAAGAAUAUCUCAAACAGUAACAGCCAAAGGCAUCUGUCUGUGGAAUUAUUGAAGGAAGGUACAGGCCUGGGUUUUGGCAUUGAAGGAGGAAAAGAUUCCCCUCUUGGUGAUAGACCACUUGUGAUUAAGAGAAUAUUUAAAGGUGGAGCAGCAGAUAGAGAAGGUACGCUAAAAGCUGGCGACGAAUUAAUAUCAGUAAACGGCCAAUCUCUUGGUAACAUGACACGAACGGAAGCUUGGAACUACAUGAAGAAAUUACCGGAUGGUUUAGUAACGCUAACAGUGCAAGUUAGUUAAGAUAAUUCUUGAGCAAGUUUAUCAUCCAAUAUCUUUUUUACAUUAAAACAAUUUAGGAUUUUCAUAUUUUUUUUACAAUUUUCGGAGGUUCUAAAUUAAAAAAAAACUUAUUUUUAAAGCAUUGAUACUAAUAAAUAUAUUAAAUAAUUAUUGCCUGUAUAGGUUCUGUGAUAUAAAUUGUGUGUGCAUAUGAAAGGAAAAUCAAAAUUUCCUUUUGUGUAAAUUAUACGGUGAUUGUAUAAUUAGUUUCGGUAAAGCGUACUUAUGCAAAUAUUUUUGAAAAAUUCAGAAUAACGAUUUUUUAUAACUGCAGCAAAGUACAAGUUUUUAACAACAGAAUAAUAUUUUUUUUAUCCAAAAAAUAAAAAGACUAUUUAUCUAAUAAAAGUUUGCCAGUCUGUUGUUUUUACUGGCAUGAAGGGAGUGGUAUACAGGUGUAU